CGAUCAGACUCGACGCAGUUUGUUCGUGCCCAGCAGCGAAGCCACACCGUGCUGUAGCUUCGCGUUUGGAUCAUUGAUUGUGCGCGUGUUUUUGCUUUUGCCUUUUGCACACGCUUGAAGCUGUUUUGCCCGCUGGAAUUUGCUUCCCGUGUGUUAUGCUUCUCGCAGAAGCGAAAGUUAAUAGAACGCCAAACUUCGCCAUUUGCUCCAAGGCUGGCCAGCGUCUGUCAUUGGUUUUAGUGUCGGUUUGAUAGGGCUGGUGCCGUGCUCACCCCGGGAAACGCUCCCUGCUCCUUAGUGCCAAUAAUGACCACUUUAUCACAUCCCUUCAAAGACAGUCCGGAGCCGCUGGAAGUGCCCAAAGAGCAUGCCGCCAAUGUGGACACUCUGUACGAAUGGAUGAAAGAUCAACCACGAUUUCCAGGCUUUUCGAAAAAUCACGCAUAUCUGUUCCUGCACGCCUGUCUGUGGAAUGUCGAUGAUGCGAAGAAGGCGCUACAGAAGUACGCACAGCUUCAUGCCAACUCACCGGAAAUAUUCGACAACCGAGACAUUAUGGGAGCAGGUGUGCAGAUGACAUUGAAUGCCACACACAUGGUGGCCCUUCCAAGGACGACUCCGGAAGGCUAUCGGUUGCUGUACUAUCGCCUGUCGGAUACCGAUCCUUCCAAGAUGAACUUUACCGAGGCAGUGAAAUCGUUCUGCAUGUUCAACGAUGCCCAAAUCAGCGUGGACGGCAUCAUGGAGGGUUACAUCGUCAUCUUCGACAUGAAGGGCGUCCGGUUGGGGCAUCUUGCCCGCGUCCAGUUUGGUCCGCUGCGUGUGUUCAUGAACUACAUCCAGGAUGCGCAUCCGGUGCGGUUGAAGAAGAUCUACAUCGUGCAUACGGCCUCCUUCAUCAAUCAGGUGAUGGCACUGGUGAAACCGUUAAUCAAAUCGGAGCUGCUCGGACUGCUGCAGUUCACGACGGCCGGUCCGGAGGAAAUUGUCGGCGUUGACUACUUGCCAAAGGACUUUGGUGGACCUUUCGAUGAGGUGGCCAUAAUGCAUGCGGAGCAGAAGCAGCGUCUGGAAACGGAAUAUCGCGAAUGGUUGAUGGAUUCCGGUGUGCUCAAGGAAGCUCCCAAGCAGAAAAACGCCAGCACAAACUCGAUUAAACCACCGGUUAAAGCGUUUCGGGGACUGGAGAUCGACUAGGCGGCCAACCGUUUCGUGAUAUUAUUGGGGUUUAUUUUUGUAGCGGAUUCCUUAGAUAUUAGGAGUGGGAUUUUCGUGUUGUAGUAGCCAGGGAGACGAAUUUUGCGGUUUGCCGAAAACCGUUUUCUUACUUUCCAUUCGAACGUGUAUAUGGUUUUCGUAUCAGUUUGUUUAUUUUAAUCCCUAGUCGUAAGGCCGGUUUGAUUGUUUUCUUUAAUGUAUCUCCGUGUGCCUGUUUGAAGUGUCGCGAAAGCAACCACGUUCUAGUUGGAAUUGUAAAUAAAGACAACGAAGCAAGAACAUUCAA